AUGCGUCGCCUCGAUCUGGUCCUCCUAGCAUCGCUGCAGCUCUGUCAAGCUCGGCAGCCCAGCUUCAGCGUCCAUGACGACUUGCUCGCAUACCCCCAGUUCGAGGUCGUCUUUGCCGACGACUACAUCUCCGAGGCCGAUGCGCUUGCCAUUCUCGAGUCUUCGCACGCAGGAGGCGCCACACACACGACCGGCUUCUCAGAAUCCGAUUUAAGCAAAAUUCCUGAAUCCGCACCGGCCGAGGUUUCCGGGACAGCGAGCGGGAAUGGAAAGGACAACAGUCAUGGCGCGCGCGAGAACAACGAAGAUAUCCCAAUCGCCGAGACGUACGAGCUAAUCAACAGCAACCCGUGGAAGUACCUCUGCGCCAUCCCGGUCAUCGCACCCCCACCCGUCUUGAACCGGACCGCAACUGAGCUGGCCAAAGCCGAGGAAGCUCGUGAGCUGAGUAGAGCAUCGACUAAGGGCUGGGAACUGAUGGGCGGGCUCGAGGGACAGUGCAUGUACUUCGUGGCGGGAUGGUGGAGCUACAGUUUCUGCUACGGCAAGGCCGUCGUCCAGUACCACGCCCUGCCAGGCACCAAGGCCACCGAUCCGCCGCUUAGGGACGAGAAGGAUCCAGAGUACGUCCUCGGCAGGGCACAAGAGACGGUGGUCGAUACCAAGGCGGUGGCGGAUCAAUCGCAGCCGGAUAGCCCGACCAAAAACGUCCCCCCGCCAAAUGCGCAGCUCCAGGUCAAAGGCGACCAACGCUACCUCUCGCAGCGCCUAGAGGAUGGCACGAUUUGUGACCUCACCGGCCGCCCGCGUACCAUCGAAAUCCAAUAUCACUGCAGCCCCGGCACCACGGUAGACCGCAUUGGUUGGGUUAAAGAAGUCACUACUUGCACCUACAUGAUGGUUGUCUACACGCCGCGCCUUUGCAGUGAUGUCGCCUUCCUACCGCCUAAACCAACCCGCGCCCAUCCGAUCCGGUGCCGCCAGAUUGUUGGCACGGAUGAGGAGGAGCUCGCCUGGCAGUACAGCAAGGUUGCCUCAGCGAGCGAGCUGCUCGGGCAGAAGCCCCCCCAGGCCACCAAGCACACCGGCACCAAGAACUUGCCGCAGAACCACUUUGCUGGGGUUAACAUUGGCGGCGUCGUCGUCGGCUCCCGCAAGCACAUCGGCGAGGAGCACGUGCACAAGUUGGCUCUCCCCAGGGGCGUCACGCGCGCCACGGCACCCACGAUUGAGGUGCUUGCUAAGAGGGAAAAGGCAUCGUCAAAAGUGGACGUUAUGAGCGACGCCGAACUGGAGGAGCUGAACCUCAGUCCGAGGAUGAUUAAGCGAGGCGUGGAGGAGAUGAAGGCCGAGGCUGGGGACAGGGGGUGGACGCUGCAAUAUGUUAAGGACGGGGAAACAGUCGACUACUAUGGCGUCUUCGACGACGACGACACCGACGGCGCGGGGACCAAAGAGAGCACAGAGAAGCAACAACAAAGUUUGCCUGAGGGUCAGAAGGGGGAUCAGAAGGGGGAGGCUCAAAAGGCGGACCAGAAAGAGGCCCAGAAGGGAAAGCAGGAUACUCGGGCCGGGGAUCAGAAAGAAGAAAGGCGGAAGGGAGACCAAACAGACCAACGCCGCAAGGCGGAGGCGGAUGGCAAGAAGUCCGAGGCUACCCAGCCAAAAGCCGAGGAACAAGAGGGGUCGCAGGAAGUGUUUUUCAAGGAGGAGCUGUAG